AUGGGUACUGAUAUAUCAUAUGCUUUAUAUGAUAUUUCAUUCGAUGAUGAUUUAUAUAAACAUUCAUCAGUUGGAUGCCCAUUGUUUUCAGAUGGCCCAAAUUUUUUGUUUGAUGAUUCAACCGAUUCAUGUUUUUGUGACUUUACUGUAUCAAAUAAUCCAGAAUACCCAUUGUCAUGCCCAGUGACCCUUUCUUGUAAGGUAAAGGAACCUAAUGUAGAAGCUGAGGAAUGGGUAUCGUUAUCAAUCAAUGGAAGCACAAAUAACUUUUCAAUCAAUAAGCAAACACAAUUUAGAUUCAAUAAUAAUAGAAAGUCAUUGGGUUUCUCAAUUAAAGUCACACCCAUCAAAGGAAGUUUUACAAUGUAUUAUACAGAAGAUCUUAAAAGAAGAGUUUUCGAAUCAUUGAAUGAUAAUAUAUUAUUAAGUGUAUGUCCAAAUAGUUAUAAUACUAUAGAAGGUACUUAUUUCAUUGAUAUUCUACCAGUAACUCCAGAAUCUCAAUUUUCAAUUGAGUUAGAUUUUAUGGAUGUUCCAACAAUUGUAGAAGGUGAUACAAUAACUAAAUCGUGUGUAAAUCAGUAUGAAGAUCAAGAAUGUCUAGGGUUGGGUCAAUUUAUAAAGAUUUAUAGUUCCAAUUUGUACUUUAUCGAAAUUAAUGAUCCUGGAUAUUAUUUUGUUAGUUUAAAGUCUAGUGGCGAGGCAAAUUUAUUUAUCAGUGACGAUUCAUCUAUCAAAAACCUAAAUGAAGAAAAUUCAAAAUAUAUUCUGAAAAAUGUGGGAAAUUCAAAUUUUGCAAAAUCUUUAACUGUUUAUAUAGAAAAACCAACAGUUCUCUUUUUAAAUAUGGUUUGCCCAAAUAAAGUAUGUCUUAUUAUGAAUUUUUUUCCAGAGUUAUAUAUUGUAAAAAGUCAAAAGAUAUUUUUAAAAAAAAUAAGUUCAAUGGGUUUCUUAGAAGGUUCUUUAGCUCUAUCUUCAUCAUCAAGAAUUCAAAUUCAAAACAAAUAUUUCAGUUGCACAGAUUCUGAUUCUUGUUACCCUUAUUCAAUUUUGUUCCCAUCACAAACAAUAAACCCAUUAUAUCCAGUUCCAGCAGCUUUACAUUUUAUACAAGAUUUUGAUUAUAGAACCAUCGAAUAUAAUGGCAGUGAAAUUAAUUUUAAAGAGAAAUCUUAUCAGUUUGCAGUUAUAAGAUCAAUAAAUUAUGGAAAGGGUAUCAUAGAAUAUUUAAAACCAGAAGAUGUCUCAAAAGUCAAAGUCGAAUUUUUAAAUACAAUAUUUGAUUCAAAUGAUAAUCCAAUUAAUUUAAUAGUUUCGGAUUUUAGUAUCAAUCAGUUAAAUGAAUCAAAUUGUGAUAUUAACAAAUUUAAUGGUUUACAAGAACAAAUUAAUAAGGGUAUGAACAAUAAUGGCUUGUCAACAGAAAAGUUUAACAGUUGGAAAUAUAACCUUGGUAUAAUACAGUCAUCAAGUGACUGGAUUCAGUGUGAAAAUUUAAUUUUAUCAUAUUUAAAUUUAGAAACUGUAAAAUAUAAUAUUUCAUCGUCACAAUGCAUAUACUCUCAAUCAGAACCUGGCUAUAAACAAGACCCAUGUUGUAACUUCCAUUUAUUAUUUAAUAAGGCAUGCGAAUCUAAAGUUGCUCAGUUUGAAACAUUUAAAGUUAAAGAAUUGCAAAGUGAUAAAGUUAGCCAAGAAUGUUUUAGUCAAGAUUGUACAAGUAUAAUAUUAAAUAAUUUUGCUACACAAAAAUUCCUAUUAAGAGAGAAUGAUGGAUGUAAAGUAUCAGGUUAUGAUAUUUUAAAAACACAUUUAAAUUCAUAUACUACACUUAGAGAGUGCAGAAGAAAUAUAUUACUAGAAAUACCAGAUUGUGGUUCAGACUCAGAUUGUCAAGAUUUUUCUCAGGGUACCAGAAAAUGUGAUCUUUUUAAAAGAAAGUGUGUAGUUAAUUAUGAAAUUACAGAUAAAAACUACAUCGAGUGUGUUUUGGAAAAUUUAUCAUCGGGUACUCUUUAUUCUUUAAUUUCAUCUCUUCAAAUAAAUUCAACCGUCAUCGAUUCAAUAUACAAUAGAUUAACAAUAAAAGAUUGGGUUAUUGAAGCAGGCGAGCCAAAGCAUUCCACAUACAUUUAUUAUUUAGAAGUUAGUGAAGCAUCAUUCAAUCCAAAUCUAAUUGACUAUUCAAAUGAAAUCAGUUAUAAAUCUCCAAAUCAAGUAAGAGGGUGGGAAUUUGAAAAAGAGAAUUACUUUUUUCACAAUUCAUAUUAUGGAAAUUUAAAUUCAGAGGAGAUUAAUUGCCUAGCUUACUUGAAAAUGCUUCCAAAAGGUUAUAGUCAAGAAGUUAUUUCAGAUUUUUUAUUAUUCUGCGAUGAUGCAUCACCCGAAAAUACAGUUCAUAGUUUUUGUGGUUAUUGUUCCGAUCAAGAUAACACAUAUUGCCAUAUUUAUAAUGGGUCUCUUUCUCAUGUUGGUUCACCACAACUCACUUAUGGAAAUAAAUAUCCAUUUUCAGAAAGUGAUGUUUUAGUUGAUGAAGCAGAAUGCAAUCAAGGUCUUUCAAUGUGUCUUUUAAAAGAUGGUGAUUAUUUACCAAAUAUCGAUAAAGAAAAUUGUGAAAAUAAUUAUGGUUCUUGUUCAUCUCCAUGUGGUUAUGAAUGUAAAGGUGUUCAAAACAAAUGUAUAUGGGCACCAAUUUUUUACUAUAACUCAAAUGAAGGUACUAUCAUAAUGGAUAGUAAUAAAUGUCAAGAUGAAGGGUUUACAUAUGAUGCUGAUGAACUUUGCAAUACUGGUAUUGAUAAUGAAAGUGAGUGUAUUUUAGGAGGAUACACAUGGUUGGAUUGUCCAUCUAAAGAUAUUGACAAUUGCAUUGGUCCUAAUUUUAAUUUGACAGAUCCAGAUUCUGACGAUUCAAAUAAUUUUUAUAGAAGUAAGUGUUAUUUAAAAGAGAUUCCAUGCCAAACAAAAGAAGAUUGCUUAAACCAAGGAAAAUGCUCAGAUUAUGAUAUCUUUUAUGACCAGGUAGUGUUAGAUGAUUAUUUCCCAUAUCCAAAUGGUUUAGGUAAAUGCAUCAAAGAUUAUAGUGUUGACACUAUUUAUGGUAAAAGUUGUGACCCCGACAUCGAAUAUGAUUCUCCAAUGGGAUGUUAUCCAAUCACUAGUAUUCCAGGUAAAGAAGUUUGUGACACUCAAAAAGGAAAAUGGUGGAAACCAUCAACAAGUAAAGAAGAGUGUGAAUCUCAUAUGGGUUGCAAAACUUUUGACUACAUUUACCAAAAUAAUCAAGAAAUCAUUAAUCCAUAUAAUUUACCAUUUACUUCGAGAUUUAAUCAAAUGGAUCAACAGAAUUGUUUACUUCAACAAAACCAAUCUGGAACCCAAUGGGUUAAUAGAUUCAAAUGGAGCAAUGCAGUGUGGUACCCAGGUGUACAUGUUACUUCCCAAUGGUAUUAUAAUAAAUCAUUUGUCAAUAGAAUUCAAUAUAAAGAUACUUUUGACUACAUCGGUUUCUAUAAUGAUAUUGUCAGUGCUACUCAAAAGCAAGUAUCCAUUUUAUAUUCUUCAGAAGCAUACUGUCAAAAAGAAAAGAAUGAAAACUACAUGAAUUCAAUUUUAUGUAGCUGCAGUGAAGAUGGUGGAUCAAAUUGUUUCAAUUCAACAAAUCGUAUAAUGGUUCAAACUAUAGUUUGUAAUAGUGAAACCAAAUCCCUAUUAUUCGAAAAUGGAAAUGUUUCAUUUACUGACUCUUCAGCUCCAUAUGGAUGUGAAAUGGUAUCAGUUUCUCAUAUAACCAAAUUUGUAUUCUCAGUUUCAUCACCACAACCUUUGUCAAACAAUUUUAUUUCAUAUCUUAAACCAGACGACUAUGCAGUUUUAAAUUCUAAAGAUGCAAUAAUUGGAACUCUUUUAGAUGAUGGUAUAAUUUUAAAAUCGGAAUAUGGUCUCAGUGAAAUUAGAAUUUGUAUGACUUUCAAUGGAACUAACCCAAAUGAAUCAAAGUAUCCCAUUUUAGAUUUUGCAAUUAAAACAAAUAAUAGCAAUCUUGAACCAUAUGGCAGUGUAGCAGAGGAAGAAAUUUAUGAUUCUAUUACUUAUUAUUGCUCAACAAUUAUUAACAUAACAUCAUAUCAAGUUAUUUAUCCAAUGAAUAGAGUAUCAGAUUGGCAAAAUCAAGAUAGAAAGGUUUUGGAUACUAAAUCAACAGCAAUUGUUUACGUUUUAGCUUCCCUCUUCCUUUUGGUUGGUGUAUAUGGUUUGCUUCAAAUAGUUGAAUUUAUAGUUUUUAAAUUCAAAAAUAAAACUCCUUUCCAGCUCACCCAUUUACUUAUUACUUCAAUUACUGCUUUUAUUUUAAUCCGUUCAUUCUAUUUCUAUGUCUUACCAUCGGGUAGAUUAACAGAUUUCCCAGCUUCCGAUUAUGUAUUGGUGGUCCUUCCAACAUUUAUUUAUUUAUCAUCAUUCUCAAUUCUCAUUAUACUUUGGUAUGUUAUUGUCUUUUUUGUUUUAAAGUUUAACCCAGCCGCUGGUAAUAUGAAAAAAAGACUUUAUGCAAUCGUUAGUACAACCAACACAAUCAUUUAUAUGUUCUUUAUUGCCAUCGUUAUCGUUUUUCAAUAUACACCAUACCAACCAAACAAUGAUUGCGUAAGUUUAAUUUUCGAAGAACUUAAAAACAGUAACUCUCAAGAAGCAGUAUCCAUUGCCUACUCUGUUGUUCAAGCUUUCAUUAGUUUAUUUAUUGGAUUAGCAUUUUUCUAUUUAGGUUCAAAAAUUAUUAAAGAAAUGAAAAGAGUUAACUUGGGUGGAAUCUAUUCAAACAAUCAACCAAAAAUUAAAGCUCUUACUGCUAUAUGUGGUGCAGGUUUUAUUCUCCAUUGUAUUUUUAUUAUUUUAAUUUCAAUUAGAUCAGUUAAAUAUAUUGUAUUCACAUUUAUAGGUUUAAUUAUUACAGAGAUAAUCCCAGCAAUAGCAAUUCUCUAUUUGUUCGAUAAUAGAUUCGCUAAAUCAUCCACCAAUUCAGAUAAAUCAACCACUGAUAAAUCUAAAGGUAUUACUCUUAAUACUGUUACAACCGAAACAAAUACAGAAUCAUCGGAGUUGUAUAUUAAUAAAAAACAAACAGAAACAGGAACAAAUACAGAAUCAUCAGAAUAUAAAAAAUAA